AUGGAGAAAGAUAAAUCAAAAUAUUAAAACUAAAAAGUUCUAAACUCACUUUCAGCAGUGAUUAGAAGUGUUUUUAUUCCUCUUGAGACUAAAUCAAACGAUCUCAAGUCAACCUUAGUAAAAUUUACAUCAUAAAUCAAUCAUUCAGCAUAGUAAGUAUCAGGGACAAUAGAUAUUGAACUCCCUUCUCAUAAAGAUGAUAUUAGCGAUUCAGAAGCAAUUAAAAAUGUUGACCUUAUGCUCAAAUAUGAAACUUUAUUGGAAUAAUGGUCUUAAACAAUUAAAGAUACUAUUAAGAAAGUUAAGGAAUAAAAGCCUGAAAACUCUCACGCCUUAGCAGAAAUUGAACUUUAAAGAUCUAAGAGUGCUAUCCUUUCAACUUUGCACCAAAAAUUGAAUGAUCCUAAAGUUCAAAUAGUAAAAUAAAGAUACCGCGAUUUCUAGUCUGACAGUGGUAACACUACUAUUGUUAUGGAUUUUGAAGCUCAAAUGAAAGAUUUGACUCAAUUAUACAAUGAAGCCAAAGAUAACGUUAAAUUCUUAAAUACUCUUGAAAGAUAAUUUAAGAUUUUGGCAUCUGAAGGGCUUGUUGGUGUAGAGGAAACUCUACCUUCCUUAAUGACUGGUCUUAGAACUAUUUGGAUUAUCUCAAGACAUUAUCAAUCAGAAGAUAAAAUGUAGAAUUUACUUUCUUUAAUUUCAGAUGAAAUUGCAGAUAAGGUAGAGAGUGAAAUUAAAAUUACUGAACUCUUCAAGUUAUCUGAUGAAUUUUCUUCUUAUGAAACUUAAUUGCAGCAAUCAAUUGAAUUAAUUGCUUAAGGUAGACGUAUCCUAACAACUUGGAAGACACUUUACAAAAAAACUAAACAAAAAAUUGAAGAAGAAGGUCUUGAUAGAUGGGAUUUCACUGUUCCUGCUUUAAAUAACCGUAUCGAACACAUGGUUGGUGUUUUAACUGAGCUUGAAGCAAACACUGAUAUUAUAAAGAGCUUCUUAGUAUUCUUAGGUCCCAAUCUAAAGGCUGUCACAGGUAAUUCUGAAGGUAUUGAUAACCUUGUUACAGAAGUUAAAAAGCUAGUUAUUCCCUAUCAAAACCCUAAAGUCAAUUUAUUCCAAAAAUAACAAUCUCACUAAUGGAAUCAGCUCUCUGCAAAGUUUAAAGCUGAUAAAGGCUAGAUUAGUGAAAAAACUAUUAAAUUAAUUAAUGAAACUUUCCGUGAUCUUAGAUCUGCAGAAGGUGCUUUCGAUUUACUCCUUAAAUUUAAGGACGUUCAUACAAUUAAAGAAAUCCAAGAGUAAUUACAAAAGAAAUACUCAGAAGUUUUGUAUAGAUACGAAAGAGAAGUAGAUCAAAACAGAUAACUCUUUGAAAAUGGUAAAGCUUUGCUUAAAAAUAGUAAAGGAUUCUUAGUUAUUAGUAAGAAUAAACCACCUGUAGCAGGUUCUAUUGCUUGGGCUUUGUCAAUUUACUAUAGAGUUUAGAGACCUAUUAUGAAAUUCAAGAAGAAAGAAGGAGAAUUAGACAAAGACAGCUAUGAUAAUGUAAAAAAAGAUUACUUGAAAUUAGCCAAGGCAAUAGACGAAUAUUAAUUGGCAAACUUCAAAGAGUGGAAUGAAAAAAUAAGAGAAAAAGCUAUGGGUUUCCUGAAAUAAAAAAUUCUAGUAAAAAAUGAAAGAUUUGAGGUCAACUUUUCUCAAGAAUUUAGAGUUCUCAUUAAAGAAGCCAAACAUUUAGAAAAAAUGGGAUACCCAAUCUCUAAAACAAUUAUUAAUAUAUCUCUCUAAGAAAAAGAAUAUUAUAUUUAUAUCGAUAAAUUACACAGCAUGCUUAAUGAAUAUUAUGAUGUUGUAGACUCACUUUCUGAAAUUGAAAAAAUAUUGCUCGAUCAGCCCAUUUAAAAGCUUAAUAAGGAAUUAGAUCCAGGUAUUGAAAGUUUGAAUCUUUCUUCACUUGGUAUUCCAGAUUUUAUUGAUAAGUGUACUAAAGCUAUCAAUGAAUUCAAAGAAACUAAAAAGAAAGUAGAAAAAAGUGCUAGCCACAUUGAAGAAUUCGUUAGAAAUAUCGAAGAAGCUAAAAUUUUCAAAGACUAUGACUUUGAAAGCAGAAAAGAUCCUAACUCUAAUACUAUCAAUAUUCCAACUGCUAAUGAAUUUAUGACUUAUUUUGAUGAAAACAUGAAUAAAGUUGUUAGUGAAUGUGUUGAAAAGUAUAAUAUGAUUGGAGACUAAUUUUUAAAGAAUAUUGAAGAAACAAUUAUUGGAACUUAAAAUGUCUUACAAGGAUAUAGCUCAUAAAAAAUGAAAGAAUAUUAUUACUACUGGGAACGUAGAGUUUACAAUGCCCUCAUUAAGAUGAUUUUAAGGGCUUUACUUUCCUUAAAAAACCUUAUGCAAUAACCAGGAACAAAAUCUCUACCUCUAUUCUAAAUUACCUAAGAGUACGAUCACCCUACUCCUAGUACUAAUCCUCCAACUCCUGAAGUAGAAAGCUAUUUAAAUAAAAUUAAAACUAACAUUCUCUCAACUGCUAGUUAAUUCUGGAGAUGGAAAGAUGGAAGAAGAAUCUUUUGUGAGCCUUUGAUUGGCAAUAAUGAUGAAAAAGUUUAAAGAUACACUUUCCUCGAUUAAGUAAAUGAGAAUCACGUUAUUACUUAAGUUUGUUUCUAAAUUGCAGACAUACAAAAGAAGGCUUUCAACAAAGCUACUUCAUUUAAAGAAAUGUGGGAAGAAGAUAAAAGAAAAUCCCUUUGGGAUCAUAAAGCCAAACUAAAUAUUGAAAAAUUAGUUGAGAAAAAACCAUCUACUGUUUAGCUUGAAAGAAAGAUGAUGCUUUACAAAAAUUUAGUUUUAGAAUUCGACGAAAUGCUCAAAGAAAGAAAUGCUCUUUUCAUUAGUGUGCAUUUUGGAAAUGUAAUCAAUUCGUUUAAGAACUAAGCUAAGGAAUGGCUUGAUAAACAUGGUAAUGUAAUGAGAGUCAUUGGUGAAAGAGAACUUCAAGAAAUAAAGAAAGAAAUUGAAGAAUAUCAUAAGAAGCUUGAUAGCGAACCUAGUCAUAUUGAAGAAUUAAAAAGAAUGCUUAAUGAAAUUACAGAAAUCUUAAACCAAUCUAUGAUUAUGGAAUUUAAGAUUUCAGAUGUGACUGAAAAGUUCAGAACCUUAAAGCAAUAUGAAUAAAAUGUCGAUCCUGAAUUAAUGGAAGAAGCUUUUACUCUUGGCAAGAAGUGGGAUGAUUUAGUUAAAGAAGCUAAGAAAAAAGAUAAAAAAUUAAAAGAAACAAAAGAAACUUUUGCUAACGUUACAAAGGAUGAUGUUGCUCAGUUUAAAGAAACCUUAAAGGAACUAUUUUAAGAGUACAAGUCCUCUGGUCCUGGAGCUUAAGAAACUAACUUAGAUGAUGGCUUGGAGAGUCUUCAAAAAUACAAAGAAAAGGUUAUUGAAUUCAACAAGAGAAAAGAUGAACUCGUUCUUGCUGAAAAACUUUUCAACUUACCUAUAUCUACUUUCAAAGAACUAGUUAUGAUUGAAGAAGAAAAUAAAAAGUUAAAUAUUUUAUAUGAGACCUACAGAGAAUUGAGAUCAAACAUUAAAGAAUGGUCUACAAUGCUUUGGGCCAAAUUAGAUGCAGAAAUGCUCAGAUAAGGCUCUGAAGAAUAUGAAAAAAAGAGAAAGAAAUUAAAUAGAUAAUAUGAAGACAACUGUGUUUUCUAAAAGUUGUCUCAAAAAAUUACAGAUUUCAAAAAUUCUAUUCCACUUAUUCAGUAGCUUAAGAGUGGUGCUAUUACUGAUAGACAUUGGAAUAAAUUGAUGAAAGAAACUGGAACAAAAAUUGAAACUAACAUUAAAACUCUUACUCUUGAACAAGUAUUUGCCUUAAAUCUAUAAAAUUUCCCAGAAAAAGUUAGCGAAAUCGUCAACGAAGCAAAUCAAGAACAUAAAAAUGAAGAAGAAAUUAUGAAGAUUGAGCAAGCUUGGAAGACAGAAUCAUUCGAACUUGCUAUGCAAAAGAAAGGCCGUUGCUACAUGUUAAAGAAUACUGAUUAGAUUAAGCUAAUUUUAGAAGAUCAACAAGCAAAUCUCUAAACUGUUGCUUCAUCUCGUUAUGUAGCUGCUUUUGUUAAAUAAAUUCGUCAUUGGGAGCAAGCAUUAAACAGAAUUAGUGAAAUUAUUGAUGUUUGGCUUAUUGUGCAAAAGAAAUGGUAAUAUCUUGAAAGUAUUUUUAUUGGUUCUGAAGAUAUCCGUCAAUAACUUCGUGAAGAAGCUAAAAAAUUUGAUAAAAACGACAAAACAUUCAUCAAAAUUAUGGAAUAAACUUAUAAAAAUCCAAAUAUUUACACUUGUUGUGUUACAAAUGAAAAUCGUCUUAUGGAACUUAAAACUCUUUCUGACGAGCUUGAUAAGCGUCAAAAGUCAUUAUCAGAUUAUUUAGAUACAAAAAGAGGUAUCUUCCCUCGUUUUUACUUAUUGUCAGAUGAUGAUCUUCUUUCUAUCCUUGGUAACUCUGAGCCUGCUGGUGUUUAACCACAUAUGCUUAAACUUUUUGAUAAUUGUAAAGAAUUGAAGUUUGGUAAGAGUGGUAAAUUAAUUACUGGUUUGGAAUCUGAAGAACAAGAAAAGUUUGACUUGUUUGAACCUUAAAAACCUGAAGGAGCAGUAGAAAUUUGGAUGAAGCGUGUUGAUGAAGAAAUGCAAUCUACUCUCCAUAAAAAGACUAAAGAAGGAGUAUUUACUUAUGCUCAAAAAGAGCGUAUUCAAUGGGUACUUGAAAACUUGGGAAUGAUAGCUAUUGUAGGUGCUUAAAUUUGGUGGACAUGGCGUGUAGAAGAUGUUUUCCGUAAAGUAAGAGAAGGCAACAAGCAUGCUAUGAAAUAAGAAAAUUCAAAACAAACAAAAGACUUGAAUGAUUUAAUUGAUUUAGUUAGAACUGACUUGAAUGAUCAAGAUAGAAAAAAAGUUAACACCCUUAUUAUUGUUGAUGUCCAUGCUAGAGAUAUCGUUUCAAAUUUCGUCAGAGAUUCCAUUUUGGAUGCUAGAGAAUUUGAAUGGGAGUCUUAAUUAAGAUUCUAUUGGAUACAAAAUGAAAAUGAUAUUAGAAUUCGUUAAUGCACUGGUCAGUUUACUUAUGGUUAUGAAUAUUAGGGUUUGAAUGGACGUUUGGUUAUCACUCCUCUUACAGAUAGAUGUGUUAUGACUUUAACUACUGCUCUUUCAUUUAAGAUGGGUGGUGCUCCUGCUGGUCCAGCAGGUACAGGUAAAACUGAAACUGUAAAAGAUCUUGCAAAGUCUCUGGCCAUCAGAUGUUGUGUUACUAACUGUGGUGAUGGUUUGGAUUACAAGGCUAUGGGUUUCAUCUUUUCAGGUCUUUGUCAAACAGGUUUCUGGGGUUGCUUCGAUGAAUUCAAUAGAAUCAAUGCUGAUGUGCUUUCAGUUGUUGCAGUCUAAAUUAAAACUAUCUAAACUGCUUUGGUUUAAGGUAAGAGCACUCUUGAACUCAUGAAAAAAGAACUCAAUCUUAAAACUACUAUUGGUAUUUUCGUUACAAUGAAUCCUGGUUAUGCAGGUCGUACCGAACUUCCAGAUAACCUUAAGGCACUUUUCAGACCAGUAACAAUGGUUGUUCCCGAUACCAAUAUUAUUUGUGAAAUUAUGCUUAUGUCUGAAGGUUUUAAUGAAGCUAGAAUUUUAGCUAAAAAAAUGAAUGUCUUAUAUAAGCUUGCAAAAGAACAACUUUCAAAAUAGUACCAUUAUGAUUUUGGUCUAAGAGCUCUAAAAUCAGUCUUGGUCAUGGCAGGUGCUCUGAAGAGAGAAGCUUAAGACAUGGCUGAAGAACUCACUUUGAUGAGAGCUUUAAGAGAUAUGAAUAUGCCUAAAUUUAUUUUCGAAGAUGUUCCACUUUUCAUGGGUUUGAUUUCAGAUCUUUUCCCUAAUAUGGAUAUUAAGAGAAAACCUUAUGAAAAGAAAGAUAAAAUCAUUGAAGUUAUGGAAAGUCUUGGAUUAUAAAAAGAAUUACCUAAGCAGAUUGAUAAGGUAGUUUAGCUUUUUGAAACAAUGUUAACACGUCAUACAACUAUGGUUGUAGGUCCAACUGGAUCAGGUAAAUCUACUAUCAUAGAAAUAUUAAAAAAGGUUGAAAGUGUUACUAUUUACUGCAUGAAUCCAAAGGCUAUCACUGUAAAUGAGCUUUACGGAACUAUGGAUAUGCAAACAAGAGAAUGGAAAGAUGGUUUGCUUUCAAAGAUUUUCCGUAUUGCUAACGCUGGACCAGGAAAUGAGAUGCGCUGGAUUCUUUUUGAUGGUGAUGUUGAUGCUGUUUGGGUAGAAAAUAUGAACUCAGUCAUGGAUGACAACAAAUUGCUAACACUUAUUAAUGGUGAUCGUAUUCGUUUAGAGCGUUAUUGCAAGCUUCUUUUUGAAGUCUACGAUCUACAGUAUGCUUCUCCUGCUACUAUUUCUCGUUGCGGUAUGGUCUAUGUAGAUCCAAAAGAUUUAGGAUAUGCUCCUUACUAUGACAAAUGGCUCAAUAAAUGGAGUAAAUUUGAGGCUUUGCAUGAAGCAUUAGUAGAUUUCUUCUAGAAAUAUAUUCCUCCCUUGAUUAAUCUCAUAUUUGAAGGUAUAGAAAACGAUGAAGUUACUACUCCCAUUCCCUUCUUAAUUCCUCGUACAAACCUCAACUUAGUUGAGCAAAUGACUCGUAUUAUGGAUUCUAUGCUUAAUGAAGAUGAACCUUAACAAGAAGUAGAUAUUAUUGAACUUAUGUACAUUUUCUCAAUAGUAUGGUCCCUAGGUGCAUGCUUAAAAGUAGAAGGAAGAAAGCGUUUCGAAGAUUUCCUUCGUGGCAUUAGUGGUCGUGCUCUUCCUGCUACAUCUCUUUACGAUAACUACUUUGACUAUGAAAAAUCUAAGAACUUUAUUACAUGGGAAAAGCUUGUUUAAGGAUAUCAACCUCCUAUUGAUGGUAAAUUCUCAAAGAUUUUAGUACCUACAGUUGAUACUUAGCGUUUUUCUUUCAUCCUUGGAUAACAUAUUAACAGUAAAAAGCCUUGCUUAUUCGUUGGUGAAUCAGGUACUGCUAAGACUGUUAUCAUUUAAAACUUUUUGAACAACUCUUUGAGUACAGACUCUUAUAUGAAAUUGAAUAUAAAUUUCUCAUCUCGUACUACUAGUUAGGAUCUCUAACGUAACAUAGAUGAUAACAUCGAUAAACGUACAGGUCGUAUUUUUGGUCCAAAGAACCCUGGUAAAUAAUUGGUUGUAUUUAUUGAUGAUUUGCACAUGCCAACAAUCGAUAUUUAUGGUACUUAGCAACCUAUCGCUCUCCUGAAAUUCCUUGUUGAAAAAGGCUAUAUUUACGAGCGUGAAGGAAAUCUCGAUUAAAAAAUUAUUAAAGAUAUUCUAUUUGUUUCUGCCAUGCUCCCUCCUGGUGGUGGUACUAAUUCUGUUGACCCUCGUUUCUUAUCCCUUUAUUCAACUUUCACUCUUAUCUUCCCUUCAACUGAAACCCUGGAAGUCAUUUACUCAAGUAUCCUAAAAGCUCAUGUUGAAUCCUUCCCAGAAGAAAUCAAAGCCUUGGUUAAAAAAAUAACUUCUGGAACUCUUUUCCUUUAUAGAUCUAUUGUUGAUUAACUUCCUCGUACUCCUGUGAAAUUCCAUUAUAUUUUCAAUCUUCGUGAUUUGUCUCGUGUUUAUGAAGGUCUAUGUCGCUCUACUAUAGAUAAAUUUAGCGUAAAAGAAGCAUUCCUCCGUUUAUGGAGAAAUGAAUCCAUGCGUGUCUUCUAAGAUCGUCUUUUAACUGAAGAUGAUAGAAAUUUAGUUUCUAGACUAUUCUAACAAAUAGUUAGUGAAAACUUUGCAGAAUCAUAAGAAUAAAUUCUAAGUGAACCACUCUUAAUUGGUGAUUACUUAUUAGCUGCUCCUGCUGAUCCUGAAGCUGUUGAUCCUUAAUUAUAUGAAGAACUAGGAGAUUAUGAAAGAGUUAAAACUAAAUUAGAAAGUAUGUUAUUAGACUAUAACGAAACUGAAGGAAACAAAGAAAUGAACUUGGUUCUCUUUAAUGAUGCCCUUUUCCACAUUACAAAAAUACAUCGUAUAGUCAAAAUCCCUCGUGGACAUGCUUUAUUAGUUGGUUAUGGUGGUUCAGGUAAGUAAUCACUAACAAAGUUGGCUUCAUUCACUGCUGGUUAUUAAAUAUUUACUAUCACUCUUACUCGUGGUUACCGUGAAAGAGAAUUUAGAGAUGAUCUUAAAAAGCUUUAUGAAAUUCUUUGUCAUGGACCUUGCACUUUCCUAUUUACAGAUUCUCAUGUUAUUGAAGAAGGUUUCUUGGAAUUACUAAAUAAUAUGCUUUCAAUUGGUAUGGUACCCGCUUUGUUCGAUGAUGAAGGCAAAAAGUAAAUGGGUGAUUUAGUUAGAGAAGAAGCUAAAAAGAAAGGUGUCAAUGAAAGCAAGGAUGAUUUAUGGAAUUACUUCUUAGAAAAAGUAAGAGAUAACUUGCAUAUUAUUAUGUGUAUGUCACCUGCAGGUGAUACUUUGAGAAUCCGUUGCAGAAAUUUCCCAGGUUUAGUUUCAAACACAAGUAUAAAUUGGUUCUUCCCUUGGCCAGAUGAGGCUCUUCAUGCUGUCGCUGUAAAUUACCUCGAAGAAGUUGAGGACAUUGGCCAAUUCAAAGAAAAUAUUACUAACCACAUCGUCUUAGUACACACAAGUGUUCAAAAAUAUUCAGUUGAUUUUGAAUUAUAGCUUAAACGUAAGAAUUUCUCUACCCCUAAAAACUAUCUUGAUUUCUUGAGUAACUACAAAAAAAUGCUUGCCAACAAUCGUAAAAAAUUCAAUGAUAUGAUAAAGCGUUAUGAGGUUGGUCUUGAUAAGCUUGAAUAAGCUGCUUAACAAGUUAAAAAAUUAUAAGUAGAACUCCAAAAGAAAGAAGUUGAGGUCACUCAUGAGUUUAAUGAAGUUAAACAAUUGCUUGACAUUAUUAAAGAAAAGAAAGAAAUUGCAGAAAAGGCUUAAAAUGUUGCAACUGAAAAAAAGAAAGAAUUAGAUAUCGAAACUGUUUAGAUUAAUGAAAGUAAGAAAGAAGCUGAUAGAAUUUUGUAAGAAGCUAUUCCUAUCUUAGAAGAAGCUCAAGCAAGUUUAAAUAAAAUAAAGAAAGAAGAAUUAGUUAAUAUGAAAGCCUUAGCUAAUCCUCCUGCUCCAGUCAAGGCUGUUGCAUAAUGUUUGUAAAUUUUGCGUCCUAAUGGAAAUGAAAACGAAGCUGAUGGAUGGCCUGGUGCUAAAAUUAUGAUGAACGAUCCUGGUAGACUUAUAUCAAAUCUUUAAGGGUAUGAUAAGCAAAUCCAUAAAGUGAAAGAUUAACACAUCAGUAAGAUCAAUAAGAUUACUUCAGAUCCUUAAAACAGAUUUGCUGAAAUCGCAAGUAUUUCUUCUGCUGCAGCAGGUUUGUAUGGUUGGGUCAGAAGUACAGUAAACUUGUAUGAAGUCCACAAAAAAGUUAAUCCUCUCAAAAAGAGAGUCGAAGAAAUGACAAUCAAGCAAGUAUAACUUUAAGAAGAUUUACAAAAGACAGAAUAACUUUUGAGUGAAUUAGAUGCUUAAUUGACUGAUUUAGAAUCAAACAGAGAAAAGAAACAAGUGAUUUUAGAUGAUUUAACUCAGGAAGCAAAUAUUAUGAGAAGAAGAAAAGAUGCUGCUGAAAAACUUAUUAAUGGUUUAGGAAGAGAAAAGGAAAGAUGGACAUAAGAUAAAGAAGAUUUAAAAAUUAAGGUUGUUAAGCUUAUUGGAGACUGUUUAUCUUGUUCAAGUUUCCUCUCUUAUGCAGGUCCAUUCGAUUAUACUUUCCGUCAAAAAAUGGUAUUUGAACAUUGGAGAAAAGAUGUUGGAGAGAAAUAAAUUCCUUGUUCAGACGAAUUCAUCUUAGAAGAUCUCUUAACAAGUGAGGUAGAAAAAUCUCAAUGGGCAAGUGAAAGUUUACCUGGUGAUGAACUUUCUAUUUAGAAUGGUAUUUUAACAACAAGAGCUUCAAGAUGGCCUUUGUGUAUAGAUCCUUAGUUAUAGGCUGUAACUUGGAUUAAGAGAAGAGAAGAAAAGGACACUGGUUUCAGAGUUUUGAACUUAAAUGAUGGUGCAAAUGUUUUCUUGAAACCCUUAGAAAAUUGUAUUCGUUUUGGUAAACCUUGUCUUUUCGAAAAUGUUGAUGAAGAAUUGGAUCCUACUAUUGACCCCAUUCUAGAAAGAAACUUUAUUAUUAAAGCUGGUUUAAAGCUUAUUAAACUUGGUGAAAACGAAUUCGAUUACAAUGAGGAAUUCAGAUUAUACUUUACUACUAAGUUAGCUAAUCCCAAAUAUACUCCUGAAAUUAUGGGUAAGACAAUGGUCAUCAACUAUACAGUUACUCGUGACGGUCUUCGUGAUUAACUUUUGAAUGUCGUUGUAGGAUUUGAACGUCCCGAUAAAGAAAAGUAAAGAUUAGAGCUUGUUUAAUCCAUGAGUGAAAAUAAAAAGAAAUUGAAAGAAGCAGAAGAUGAAUUGCUUCAACGUUUAUCUGAAGCUAAAGGUUCUUUGUUAGAUGAUGAUGAACUCAUUCAAACUCUUGAACAGACAAAAACUAAAUCUAUUGAAAUUGCAGAAGCAAUUAAGAUUGGUGAGCAAACAAAGAUAGAAAUCGAAACAGCUUGUAAAUAGUAUGAACCAGCUGCUAUGAGAGGUGCAAUUCUUUUCUUUGCAAUGAGCUCUCUUUCUGCUAUCUCUGAAAUGUAUGAAUACUCACUGGCUUCAUAUCUAUAAGUUUUCAACUAAUCCCUUCGUGAUGCACGUAAAGAUAAUAUCCUUGAAAACAGACUUCGUAAUAUCAUGGAUCGUUUAACAUUAAAUGUUUACGACUAUACCUGUCUUGGUAUUUUCGGUCGUCAUAUUCUUAUUUUUGCAUUGUAAAUGACACUUAUGAUCAAAGAAGAAAGAAAUUUACUUAACCGUGAAGAGCUUAACUUCUUCUUAAAGGGUAACACUUCUCUUGAAUAAGUUACUAGACCAAAACCAUAUAAAUGGAUACCAGAUCAAGGUUGGAAGGACAUGCAAAAGUUAAUUACUAUUGAUAAAGAAUAUGCAAACUUGAUCAAUGAUUUGGAAUAAAAUGAACAAAUUUGGAAGAAGUGGUAUGAUUUAGAAAAACCUGAGUCAGAGCUUCCAAGCAAUUAUCGUAAGUUAGAACCCUUCUAGACUCUUUUGUUCUUAAGAGUUUUCCGUUCAGACAGAGUCAUUAAUGGUGUUAAGAGAUUCAUUAUUGACUAUUAUAACAACAAUAACCAUUUCGUACAACCUCCAACUGCUAAUUUCAAUAAAAUAUUCGACUAAUCUCACGAGCGUUCUCCUAUAGUCUUUAUUCUUUCUCCAGGUGCUGAUCCAUUGAGUGAUGUCUAGAAGCUUGGUGACUAACUAGGUUUUACUGGUAAUAAAUUCAGAUUCCUUUCUCUUGGUUAAGGUAUGGAACAAGAGGCAACACAGUUCGUAGAAACAAGUUCAUAAAGAGGUCAUUGGUUAAUGCUUAUGAAUUGCCAUUUACUUCCAAACUGGCUUAAAAACACUCUCGAAAAGCAAUUAGAAAAUAUGCAUAAACCUCAUAAAGAUUUCAGACUUUGGCUUACCACAUAACCCACCGACAGAUUCCCACUUGGUAUCCUUCAAAAAUCACUUAAAAUUGUAACAGAACCACCAGAUGGUUUAAGACCUAAUAUGAAGGGUACUCUUUCUAAGAUCAACGAAAAAGAUUUAGAUUCAUGUACUCAUGAAGCAUUUAAACCCCUCGUUUAUGUGGUUUCAUUCUUCCACGCUAUUGUCCAAGAUAGAAGAAAGUAUGGUAAGAUUGGUUGGAAUGUUUCUUAUGACUUUAACGAAUCUGACUUUAGAAUAUCUUUCCACUUGCUUAAUCUUUAUUUGACAAAGGCUUAUGUUAAUAAAGAUGAAUCUAUCCCUUGGAACUCUCUUAAAUAUUUAAUUGGUGAAGCAAUGUAUGGUGGUAGAGUUACUGAUGAUUUCGAUAGAAGAGUUCUUGUUUGUUACUUGGAUGAAUAUAUGGGAGACUUCUUAUUUGAUAAGAAUAGAGAAUUUUUCUUUGCUAAAGUAGAUGAUGUCACCUACUCCCUACCCAAGUAAAUGAAUCUUGAAGGUUACAUUAAUACAGUUAAUGAAAUUCCUAUUAUUAACUCUCCUGCAGUUUUUGGUUUACAUCCAAAUGCAGAAAUUAUGUAUUACACAAAUGCUGCUAAAGAUCUAUGGGAUAAUAUGCUUACUCUUCAAGUAUAGGGAAGUCAUAGCAGUUCAAGUGAUAACAAAGAUGAAUACAUAGAUAAUAUUGCUUCAGAUAUAUUAAGUAAAUUACCUUCAAUAUGGGAUGUCUUCCUCCUCAGAAAAGAAGCUGGAGAGGUCUUGCAACCAACUACAGUUGUGUUGUUCUAAGAGUUAGAACGUUUCAAUAUGUUGAUAUUAAAGAUUUAGAGCUCUCUUUAUAACUUAAAAAGAGCACUUAAGGGUGAAAUCGGUAUGAGUUCUGAAUUGGAUGAGCUUGCUAUUUCACUUUACAAUGGUUUCUUACCUUCAAUUUGGGCUAAGCUUGCUCCUUAAACAGAAAAGAAAUUAGGUUCUUGGAUGGAACAUUUCUUGAAUCGUGUUAAAUAGUAUAGAGAAUGGACUACAAACGGUGAACCUGCAGUUAUAUGGCUUUCUGGUAUCCAUAUUCCUGAAUCUUACUUAACUGCUUUAGUCUAGACAACCUGUAGAGCUAAAUAAUGGGCUCUUGAUAAGAGUACUCUAUACACAGUUGUAACAAACCAAAAAUCAGCAGAGCAAAUCAAAAAGAAACCUGAGCAUGGCUGUUAUGUUCGUGGUUUCUAUUUAGAAGGAGCUUAAUGGGAUUUAUCUAAAAACUGUCUUAAACGUUAAAAUCCUAAAGAACUCAUCUUUGAAAUGCCACUUAUUUAGAUUAUUCCAGUAGAAGCUAAUAAACUCAAGCUUAAGGACUCCUUGAACACACCUGUCUAUGUUACUUAAAAUAGAAGAAAUGCAAUGGGUGUAGGUUUAGUCUUUACUGCAAAUCUUAGAACUGAAGAGCAUCCUUCUCAUUGGGUACUUCAAGGUGUUUGCUUGGUUCUCAAUGUAGAUUUCUGA